AUGCCUCCUCAGAUCAAGCAUGACUUGAAUCGCUCGGGAUGGGAGUCUACUGACUUUCCAUCUGUCUGCGAGAACUGCCUUCCAGAGAACCCUUAUGUGCAGAUGAUUAAGGAAGAUCAUGGCGCAGAGUGCAAGAUUUGCACGCGGCCCUUUACCAUUUUCCGGUGGAAGGCCGAUCGAACCUCGCGACAAAAGCGAUCCAUUAUCUGCCUGACAUGCGCGCGCCUGAAGAACUGCUGCCAAUGCUGCAUGCUCGAUCUUUCGUUCGGUCUGCCCAUUGUCGUCCGUGAUGCCGCCCUCAAAAUGGUCGCCCCGGGUCCGGAAAGCUCUAUCAAUCGUGAAUUCUACGCGCAGAACCACGAGAAGGAAAUCGAAGAAGGCCGUGGCGCCAUCGAAGAAUAUGAAAAGACGGACGACAAGGCUCGCGAGCUCUUGCGCCGUCUCGCCAACAGUGAACCAUACUACCGCAAGCCACGCCGGAUCGAGGGUCCUGCCGAAGUAGAAGAAGCGGAGCAGUCUACGUCCAUCGAGCAACCACGAACAAACAGUCGCUAUGGAAAUGGACCCGGUCCGAUUCGCACAAGUGAAAGCCGCGUCGGUAACCGUCUUCCAGGCCGUGGAGGUCGAGGUGGUGGCCGCGGUGGUCGCCCAUUCCCCAGCACCGCACAGCUGCCGCCAUCGGCUGAGGAUAUUCGUCCUCCCGCAGACCCCAAUGUCCUUUCUCUAUUUGUUACAGGUGUGGAGGACGACCUUCCCGAACAUACUUUACGCACUUUUUUCAGCAAGUUUGGUCAGCUCCGAUCACUCAUUUGCUCUCAUCGCUCCCACUGUGCUUUCAUUAACUACGUUACCCGCGCCGAUGCCGAAGCUGCGGCAGCCCACUGCCAGGGUAAAGCUAUCAUCGAAGGCUGCCCACUCCGCGUCCGCUGGGGCAAGCCCAAGUCUCUCGACAACCUGGAUCGCGAAGAGAGAAUCAGGAAUGCGCGAGAGGGUCGCCAGACCGUGGGAUCUGUUGGCAAAGGAAAGCAAGCCGACAGACGAGCUGUCGCCGCGGGAGAGAGUGCUGGCCAGGAACCACAUCGGACUCACAUUGUCGCACCACCACCUGGAUCCGGCGAGGUCCAGUACGCCAGCAUGAACGGCGACUGA